AUGGCGCAACAGGACUCACAGGUGAUGCGGAGAAAACUCGUCAUAAUAGGCGACGGUGCGUGUGGAAAGACUUCAUUGCUUUCCGUCUUCACAUUGGGUUACUUCCCAACACGAUAUGUACCCACGGUGUUCGAAAACUAUGUCACCGAUUGCAGAGUGGACGGCAAAUCCGUACAACUAGCACUUUGGGAUACAGCCGGACAGGAAGAUUACGAGCGAUUACGACCUCUCGCUUAUAGCCAAGCGCAUGUCAUCUUGAUCGCUUUCUCCGUCAGCAGUCCGGACUCUCUACACAACAUCACGACGAAAUGGCACCCCGAAGUCCUCGAACGCUGCCCCAACGUCCCAAUCAUCCUCGUGGGCCUGAAAAAAGAUCUCCGAGACGACCCCGUGGCUCAAGAAGAAAUGCGCAAACGGUCCGAGAAAUUCUUGACAUUCGAUGAAGGCGAAGAAGUCCGAAAACGCAUCGGCGCGAAGAAAUAUCUGGAAUGCUCUUCUUUGACGGGCGAAGGCGUCGAUGAUGUCUUCGAGGCUGCGACACGACAGUCACUUCUGAGUGGUGAUCGGAAAGAGAGUAGUGGGUGCUGUGUCAUCUUAUAG